UCUUCGAACAAAUUUAAUAUUUGUGCUACAGAAUGGCCGCUCGCCGCAUCGCCCAAUCCUCCAUAAACUGGUCCGCUCUGGCCGAGCGUGUGCCCGCCAACCAGAAGACCAGCUUCGGCGCCUUCAAGACCAAGGCGGACAUCUAUGUGCGCGCCGUGAUGGCCAAUCCCGAGAGCCCACCGAAGAUUGACUGGGCCUACUACAAGGCUAUGGUGCCCGUGGCCGGCCUCGUCGAUAGCUUCCAGAAGCAGUACGAUGCCCUUACCGUGCCCUACCCCAAGGACACAGUCUCGCCCCAGGUGGACGCCGAGAUCAAGGAGUCGCAGUCGGAGAUUGCUUCCUACAAGAAGGUCUCGGAGCAGCGCAUCCAGAACUACCAGAAGGAGAUUGCCCAUCUGAAGUCGCUGCUGCCAUACGAUCAGAUGACCAUGGAGGAUUACCGCGAUGCAUUCCCCGACAGCGCACUGGACCCCCUCAACAAGCCAACCUUCUGGCCUCACACCCCCGAGGAGCAGGUCGGCUACAAGUCCAAGGAGCAAAUCGAGGCCGAGAAACAGGGACACCACUAAGAGCCCCUACCCGCACCUCACUCGAGAGCGCGUCGAUUCGAAAUGUAAAUCACGUUAAAGUAAAUUAAACAAAUUAAAGUCAUUUCAAAUGAAA